GUUGAGGAUGCGUUAAGAAAUACUGUAGUUGAUGCUUUCAGUCGCUUUUUGUUUUGCCAUCUAAAGGCAGUUUCUCAGAAUCAGGUGUCAUUUCUGUGUCCUGGAGUCUCGUGGCGAGAAACGCACGUUAUCAGGAGUGAACAGAAAUUUGUAGCAACACACAAACACAUGCAUGCACACUGCUGCAGAGAUGAACCCACAUGAGCAUUCGCUUAGUAGUCAGACGUGAACCGGCUCUGGAAUAGAAGGGCUUUGAAUAAGGUGGAGACGAGAUGUCAGUAAAGCUUAAGUUUGAUUGUCCGGCUGAAGGCAGGAUGGUACAGAGGAGCCGUUCCUUUACUGGAGUUAACACACUUGGUGGCCGGAGACGACUUUCCUCGGCUCGCAGUUCUCUCCGUACAAAAGUCGUGGCAGGGAAACCUUCCAAAAUUUCCUCUUCUAGCCGGAUGGGCAGCAGUAUCUGGGGUCAACAGCCAGAACAGGUGGACAGAAUCUUCCAGGCCUUGAGAAAAGGACUCACGGACUACUUGGAAAACCAUCAAACAGAGCUGGACUUCCUGUCAUCCCAGCACAGAGACAUGAAGAGAAACUCCAGACUGGCUUUUUUCUAUGACUUGGAAAAGGAGAUACGAGCCUUAGAGAGAUACAUACGACGUCUAGAGUUUCAGAUUAGUAAGGUAGAGGAACUGUAUGAGUCCUAUUGUAUCCAGUGGAGAUUGUGCCAAGGGGCUUUGAACAUGAGGAGGGCAUUCUCACUUUCUCCUUCUUCACGGCAAUCUAGAGAGAGUUUACUGGAGCUGAAUCGUAAUCACAGGCACAGUCUGGAGGACAUGUGUGCAAUGGAAGGAGAACUGGAAAUCCUGCUGGGAGAACUACAAAUCAAAAUGAAAGGGUUGAUAGGCUUCGCUCGGCUGUGCCCCGGAGAUCAGUAUGAGGUGUUGAUCCGAUUGGGCCGACAGCGAUGGAAAAUCAGAGGGCGGAUCCAGACGGAUGACAGACAGCUGUGGGAUGAAGAGGAAAUGGCCUUCCUCCCUCACAUCCACGGGAACUUUGAGAUCAAGGUAACAGAGGUCAAGGGGUUGAGCUCCAUCCUUGUGGGCAUGGUGAUGUGUAGGAGUGCAGCAUUUUUCACAGUACGACCGCAGAUGAUGGUUGUCGACAUUACAGAACUGGGAACCAUCAAGCUACAACUAGAGGUGGUUUGGAAUCCAUUUGAUAGCAGUGAGGUGCGGCCCAUCACAGCGUCUGUCAGUCGCCAGUCGAUCCACAGUAGAAAAGGAUCUGUAUAUAGCUGGACACCUCCCAGUACACCCAAUUUCACAGAGAAAUACUUUUUAUCGAUGAUGCGUCAGUUACAGGAUGCAGAUGGCUCUUUCUCCAUUGGCUCUCGGGAAUCUAGGGGCGUGACUUUACUUAGCUACCUGGCUGAUUCCACCCAGGCCCUCACUCCUCCAGCCUAUGAGAGGACAUGCGACCCACCGCUCACACCCCAACCUGCCCUGGACACCAAAUUACAGGACCACGAUCUUCUGGAGACACCUCUAGGAGAUGCAGAAGAGAGUGUGGAAUGGCCAUCAGAGACAGAAACACCUUCCCCCAGUCCUGCAGGAAGCAAGAGAGACUCCAUAUUCCUCUUCCACCGCUACAGUACACCUGACAUUCUGCGGCAGAAUGGAGAGGUGCCCAUCAGCACAGGUGAGGUAGAGGCAGGGGAGACGACCGAACUGGAGACCUUGUUCAAGAAGCGGCUUGAAGAGAAUCUCCCAGUGAAGGACAGAGUGAGCAGAGCCCAGAGGAGAGCUCUGAUGAAGAGAGUUAGUUCACUGCUAGAGGAACUGCAUGCAGCACUGCAGGACAUGAGCAACGUAGAGACAGAGUUAAAUAAACUAGAUCUGCACAUACGACAACUACAAGAGAUCUUAAAGAAGGAUCUUGAGCCUCCUCAGAUGCCCUCAUGUGAAACACUAGCAGUAGAGGAAGAGGAAGUCCUGGGCAGUUUCGAUUUUCUUUCUACUGAUUUUAAUGAGGAUGAAAUGUCAUGCAUCCAACACAGGCACAUUGGGAUUGGUUCAUUCCAUGAGAACACUUUCAAAAGCUUAGGUCUGUUAUCUCAGGAUAAGAACUUGUCCUCAGAAGACAUCAACAGAGGACAAAACAGACUGAGAGGAGAGAGUGCAGUGAAGGGAUCACUCAGUAUAGGGGUCUACAGUCUGGAUCAAGCUCUAGAAACACACCUCAGCAUCUGCACAGUGCUGUUGAGAGCUCUGAAGUGUUCUGACUCCGGUCUUGUGCACAAAGACAUCAUGGAGGAGCUGUCACGUCAAGUUGAUGUGCUGGACAAAAUCAGCACUCUGUCACAGAGGAGGACAGAUGAGAUUUCAGAGACAGAGCUGUUGUGUGGAGCUCACAAGGGGAUUGCAAUAUUUUGGAAGGAGUGCAGUGAGAGUGACACGCUUUUCUGCUGCUCCACUGAUGGCUUUCUCAGGACACUGCGCAAAUAUUACAUCCACAAAGUCAAAGCCAAACAGCCUGGACAACCAGAUGCAGUGUUUGGUCAGUUGCUGCGUCAGGUUCAGUCCAGUUGUAUGAUGGUGUCAAUGACUCAGUGCACUACAGAUAGAGUCACUGUGUUCCAGCUGUUGGUCUACCUCAAGAGAUGGAGCAUAACUGACUUUGGAGAGCACAUCUCUCUCCUUUCCAAAGAAGUGUAUCUGAUAGCCUGUCUGGAGAGUCCCAAGAGGAGAUGCGCCCUGAAGAAGCUGAAAGGGAAGCGGAUCUCUGAGCUGCAGCCGACAGCCCACAUCCUACAACUGUUGGCAAAACUACAGACUGAAGCCAAUCACAAGGUGGCCUCGGCAGCCACUUCCUGUCUCAACAGAGCCUCGCGAUCCAGAUCUUUCAGGGCAAAGGCAGUGGUUCACUACACAGAUCUGUUGAAGAACAGCAACACGCAGGUGCAACAUGAAGCCUGUUUGGCUCUCAAAUAUCUGAAGGCCUCAGAGUGUGCAGAGCAGGUGGCCAAGCUGUGGCAUUCAGCAGAUGAAGACUUGAGGAAGGCUGCACGGGAGACUGUACUGUCCUUUGGAAAGAAAGGCCAUAUGGCAUUCCAAUGUAAGGACCAGAUCUAUGAACUACAAGAGGAGCCCUAUAAGAACUUGGAAACAGAAAUCACAAUCUUAUAGAAACACCAGAAACUCAUUUGACUCGAUCCGAUUGGAUAGUGCCAAGACUGUGAUGGUCUGUUUUGAGCUGUGUCUGUGUAUGUACGUAUAUUGCCUAGUAUUAAAGAUGCUUUUUGAGUAUUAUUUCCAUAUUAUUUUAACAAAAGUGAAAUAUUUAUGAAUAAACUGUUUUCUAUGUUGCAUAUGUUUUAUAUAUUAUUUAGCACAUAAUGUAUAGACAAUAAAUGUAAAUAUCAACACUCA